AUGGCGGCGGCCGAUCUAGAGCCUCGUCAUGCGCACCUCUGCAAUGAGCUCGACCUGCAGAGCUUUGAGGCCUUCUUCAAGCCUCCGUCUUUCGACUUCACCUGGUGGCCGGCCAAGAACGAGUCCUCGCAGCUUCAAGCGGUCUUAGAGCAACUCAUACAUCUCGCCGAGGUCAAACAGAGAGACCGUGGUGGCGAAGCUGAUUUGCGGCAGAAGCUGCGGGUAAUCGACGACGAGCUGCAUGCGCUCUACAGUAUUCCACGGGGUAGGAACGCGCAGCAGAUUUUCACCGAAGCUUCGGCUUUGCUCCAGCGGCUGGGGCGCUCCGUGCAGAUGCAGUGCAAGACUGGGAGCUCUUGCGAAGAGACCACGAAGGCCUCGAGCCACAAGCUGAUCCAACUGUCGCAGGAGCAAGCGCUCGUGGCUGGCUGUCCACACAGCGUCUUGGUUCAAGGCAGAUCUGGAACGGGGAAGACCCUGGUUUUGGUGAACAGGUUGCAUCAGUCCUUUGUGGACCAGCGCGAUGCCGGAAGCUUUCCGGCAAGUAUCUUUGUCACGAAGUCCACGCUGCUGGUGGAAGAGGUGUCACGCCAGCUGCGCGAAAAAGGAUGUGAUCUUGCCGAGCCGACAUGGCCGCCUACCUCGGGGAUUUAUUGCUGGACCUGGAAGCAGCUGGUGCAGCUGGCUGUCCCCCAUGUUCAGGAAGCAGAUGUCUCAUACGAGGUCUUCCAUGACGAGUAUGUCCCCGUCAUCAAAGGCGAAUGUGAAGUACCAGCCCAGAUCCUGUGGGCCGAAUUCAACACCACGCUGCGACCGUUCGGGCCGGGCAUGGCCCUUGGCCUGGGCGACGUCGGAGUCUGGUGCCUGCAGAGGGACGAGUUCCUACAGGAAGAGUCCAGCGCGAUGGGAGUUUACUUGGAUCGAUCGGAUCGGAUGCAGAUAUAUCGAUGCUUCAAGCAGUAUUGCAAGCUGAAGGAGCACCGGCAGCAACUGGAUGACACUGACGUGGCUGCGCUGAUCGCCAGCUGUCAAGAGCUGCAGGAGGUGUCUUUCGAUGCACUCUUCGUGGACGAGGUGCAAGAUUUCUCGCCUGCUGAGAUUUCCUCUUUGCUGCUCCUCUGCAAGAAUCCCAAUGCUGUCACGAUUACGGGCGAUACUUGCCAGACCAUCAAUGCUGGAAGCGCUUUCAACUUCCAGCAGUUGGUCAAGGCUUUCCAGGAGCAUCGACUGGGGGCAUUGCAUCACACGCCCGAAGGUGCACGAGCAUACAGCUGGCUGAGCUGCUGCGAGAAAGACCUGCAGCGAGCUACCGCGCAAGCAGGGAUGCAGAAAGAGGUGGAUCGCAAGCGACGCGCCAGGAAGCUGAUUGGAAAUGCCUUGAUGGAACGAGGUGUCCCGUCGCGGGGCGGCCCCUUUAGGCCCAGCAUGCGGGACGACUUGGGUGAUGCAUCUCGGCAUUUGGCGGAAGCCACACAGAAGAUGAAGGAGGCCGAAGAAGGUCUCCAGAAGCUGCAAACUCGAUUUCUGGUGAUGAGCCUGCGCUUCAACUACCGCUGCAAAGCGGGCAUCGCAGCAGCGGCCAGCUCCAUCAGCCAGCUUCUCCUCGAGAGGUUCCCACGAGCUGCGGACCGCAUACAAGAAGAGACCACCACACCGGGGGCGAAGCCCAUGUUCGUUCGAGUGGCCGGCAGGGGCUGCCUCUCCCAGUACUUGCUCGGCAGCGGAGCUUCGCAGCUGCCUGUGGUGGAUCCCACGUGCAUUGCCAUGAUCGUGCGAAGCGAUCGGGUGCGGAUGGAGCUGCGGAGGCGGAAGAUCCAGGGCCUCUUCUUGACACCUGCCGAGGCCAAGGGCCUGGAGUUUGACAUGGUGUUCCUGAUCGACUUCUUCUCCAGCGGCUGCAACGAUGAUGUCUGGGACAUCGCAGACAGCACCUCCGCUUCCACGCAGCUCGCCCGGGCGAACGCCGAGGGGCAAGCGCUCGCAGAAGCCGAGAAGCGCCGGCUCUGGGAUGUCGCGCUGGCCAUACCGGAGCUGAAAACGCUCUAUGUGGCGAUUUCACGGGCUCGCUCAGCGUGUGUGUUUCUGGAGUGUCGCAAGGACGUCUGCAACGCAUCCUAUCAACCGUUGCUGCGGAGGUGGCUGGACACGGAUCUCGUUGAGCUCACAGACUUCGAAGCUGCACAGGGCGACGAGGUCGCCUCACAGAUUCCGGAGUUGCGGCGGCGUUUCAACUGCGUCGCAACGGCAGAUGACCUCGCCAUUGUGGCCGACUACCGUGAUCGUGGCGAGAAGCUCCUGAACCACGCGCUUGAUGACCUGCGCGAGCGGCGUAAGGUGCUGCGCGAGGCGUACAACGUCUUCAAGAUGGGUUCCAACCAUGCCAAUCUGUGGCUUCAUCGGCAGCUGACGCCGGACAUGCUGUGCCCACUGAGCUGGAAGAAUCAGCUGGCGGCUGCCUUGCGGGAGGCCUCGAGGUGUCCCAGCUGGCGCGGGCAGUCCGCCCUGGCCAAGUUGUGCACAAAGCCCGAGACCGCAGAACCGAUUUGGCGAAAGAUUGCCUCCUUCCUGGCGCCCGAGUUCGAGCAGUGUGGAGUGGAUGUGGUACUCCACCAUAUGGUGGAGUGCUGCAAGGAGCACGGCAAGCAAGUGAAACGGCUGCAGAAGUGUCUGGCAAAGGCACACGCCCACAUCUAUGUCAUCGCUCCACAGUAUGAUGCUGAGCAACAAGGCCGUUAUCGGCAGAAGUUCGAGGCGCUCGGUGCCGUCUUGGAGAAGAGGGCAAAGUCGCUAAAGGAGUAUGAGAAAGCCAAGAAGGCCGCUGCUGUGGCGAGGCUUCGCCGGAAAUUGUUACCUUCUCUCAUCCGGCUGAUAGAAGCUGGCAUGCCCAAGCUGGCGAACGAGCGCAACGAUGCUAAGCGCAUGCUCGAUGCUCAGAAAAAGGAGGAGGCACAACUCGCGGAUGAAACAGAGGCGGCCAAGCAAAGGAUGCUUGAGUUCUCAAGCAGGUAUCACCUGGCCGUCGGCAAACAGCUCGAGGAGGCGGACGCUCGAUUUCGGGAGUGGGACCGGCAACCAGCCAAAAAAGACCCAGGUGCUGGUUUGUGGUUGGAAGAAGUCAGGAGAAACUCGGAAGGUGAAAAGCUGACUUGGUCCGCUUUGUUGUCUAAGUACCACGAAUGGGAGAAAAUCAGCUCUUGCAGACGCCGAUGGAGCAAGCUUCUUCAAGUGGACAAAACGGCCUACCGCAUCCACCAGCUUCCUGAAUCGGAGAUGAAGUCUCUUGAAGAAAAGCACUUUGUUGUACAGACCUGCAGACGCCGAGUGGAACAAAAGAAUGGGAAGUUUGAAGAGGAAGAGGAAUGGAUUUGCCCACAGGGUCAGGAAAGCAAGCUGGAAGCUUGGAGGCCAGCUCUGCGAGUCGACCCUGAAAGCGGAGAGGAGAUGUCCUUCAAGCAGGUGUUGGGCAAGUACGGAGAAGAUUAUUCCAAGAAGCGGUGCACGUCCUACUGGCUCUCGAAGAUGAAGCAGAUUCCUCCAGGAAAGGUGGAAAGCGACUCCCAGCCGGGACAGCCGAGAGACCGUGUGGAGAAGUUCUCGGGGGAUCACCUGGAGAUCGUUCGCACAGAAGUCGCUAGAUUGGAGCGCUCGCGUGGCAGUCCUGACAGGUUGUGGUUUCCUGACGGCACUGUAUGGAUAUGGUUGGAUACGGUGGAGUCUGAGCGGCUUCGGACAGAGUCACAAGUGGUCCUCGACAACUGCUGCGCUUUGAGCCAGAAGAUCGAGGAGUCCGAGAAGGCCUUGCGCUGGGCCCAGUCAGGCACGAAGAGACAGAAAGACCACUUCGAUAGAAAGAAGACACGGCUCCAAGAGUGGAAGGAGCGUCUUCAGUCCUACUGGGACGAGAGCCCGAAGGCGCACAAAGACGCGAUGAGCGAGCUGAGGACGUUGUUCCGCCAGCUGAAGCCUUCCGUCAGCGAGGUGAUUUCCAAGUUCGAGGCCCUGGCAAAGAUGAGCGACCACCGGGUGGAGGCCUACGAGAGUGCGGCCCGAGGAUUCCUUGCGGCCGGUGAGUUUCAGAAGGCGGCCGAGGCAUUCUGCAGGGGAGCAGCGAGCUGCAAGGAUGCUCUCGAUGCGGUGGAUGGUGGGUCCAUGGCGCAGGAUGGGCUUUGUGCCGAGUUCGUGUACUUGUGGAGUCAGAGUGCUCCUCGGCGGCUUGUUCUGGCCGCGUCCUGCAGGGCCAUCCGCGAGCGCGACGCCGCUCAAGCAGAGGAAGCCGCGGUCAAAGCCCUGGAGGCCUUCCAGCUUGGCGUGCGAAAGGUGGCUUCGCACUUCGCUGCAUUCGACUGCCUGAAUCCUGAAGUCAAACUUGGAAAUCGGAUUAUGUACCAGCCGGGGAUGCACGCCUUCUGUGCAUUCUGCUCGGCUCAAUCCCUUUCCGUCGGACCGGGUGAAGUGAGGCUGACGUUUGCCUAUCUUGGUGAUCUCUACGACAUCCGGCCUGAAGCCUGUGACGAUGUCGGUGGAGCACGACACGGAGACGUCGUCCUCACCGAAAAAGGACAAGUUGCCACGAUUGUCGGCGUGAAAUCGGACGGGUCUGGGGAGCGUCGCUUGUGGUAUCACGUCGAGGGAUCCAGCGCAACUGCCGCGGCCGGGGCUGGCGAGCAGCUUCGCCCGGUGACGCGGAUGACUGUGGCACUUACGGAAGAUCCUGACGGGUUUGCUCCGAGCCGGUCGUGCGAGUGGCUGGAGCACAGCUUCAAAUUCAAGCAGAUGCUCCGCAAUCAGCCGGUCCUGGGCCGCUUCGAUGUGCGCGAUGAAGUGUGCCUGAAGGUUGACAAGUUCGUGCACGGCCAGGUCAUCGAGAACGCAUAUGGUGAUUCCUACGUCGUGGUCGGGGUUCAGAAGGACUCCGAGGACGGCAGUGUGGGCUUGUGGGCGCAGAAGGACGGCGAGGAAUGCGCCAGGCUUCUGCCCUGGAAGCCCUCCGAGAUGUGGUGCAGCAAGUGCAAGGUUGAGCUUUCGCAGGCCGAGAGCCUCACGGCCCCCACGAGGCUACAGAAGACCUUCAGCUAUGCGGCCGGGGAGGAGGAGUCGCGGCCGGAGAUGUUUGAUGUCAGCAUCGUUGCAGUUGGCCACUUCGGGUGCAAGCACGGGGACAUGGUGCUGACCGAUCGAAGCAAGGUGGCCACAGUUAUCGGAGUGAAGGAAUGGGAGGGAGAACCGUGGCUUUGGUGCCAUGUCGAGGGAAAUGAAAGUGCUGUUCCUGUUCGCCAGCAGCAGCUCAGAAAGCUCGAGCAGGACUGCAGCGUCCCAGCCGGUGGACAUGCAGACGGGCGCUCGCCGAGCGAACAUGCACGUUGGUUGCACGAGUCGUUCCGGCACGCCUGCAGCCUCCACGACCCCACGAAGUUUGCCAAGUUUGACACUCGAGAUGAGAUCUGCAAGCUGCUGGGAGGCUUUCGACAUGGUGAGAUGGUCUGUGCUCCAGAUGGUAGGCGGUUCGUGGCCGUCGGGGUUCACCAAUCGCCGGACGAUGGCUCCGUCGCGCUCUGGUUUCGCCCCGAAACCUCGAGUGGCGCGGGCAUCUUCCAGCGGCACGACCUGGAGACUCUCAGACUCUGCGGGACCAUGCAUGUACCGGAGGCUCUGCCAGUUGGCGCUUUGGUGAGGCUGUCGCUUCCGGUGGUGGAUGAAGACGACAGAGCCGGGCCUCUCAAGGCCCAUGACGUCACAGUGCUGAGGGAAAAUGAUGGCACGGAUCGGCCAUAUCGGGUGUUGCACCGUGGUGUGGAGCACUGGUACAUGGCAGAAUCCCUGGCCUUGGCAGUAGAUGCAUCAACCGCCCAGCAGUCCCAUCAAAGCGCGACGCCGAAGGCGCGUGCGGCAGAGCGUGCUUCGCAGCCUGCGCCGUUUCACACAAAAGCCGACGCCCGGCUUGCGAACCUCGAGGCGAAGCAGGCGAUGUCAGAAGCCGAGAACCAGCGUCUGAAGGCGGAGCUUUCCCAGCUACAAGGAAAGCUAAAGGCAGCCUCGCAGAAGAGCGAAAAGGCAGCACGGGCAAAGCAGCAGCUCGAGAACCAGCUGCGCACUCUUAAGUCCACAAAGGAGAAGGCGCACGGCGAUCUGGCACGAGAGAAGGCAUCCCUGUCCCAGAAAGAGGAGCAGAUCCAGCAGCGAGCACAAGAAGUUCAAGGUAGGCAAAGCGCAUUGUCCAAGAAAGCCGAGGAAAUCCAAGAGCAAGAAACGGCAUUCGAGGAAAAGAGGCAGAGUUUGGAGAGCGACCUAACCGCCCUGCGACAGCGGCGCCGAGACCUUCAGCUACAAAGGAGCCAGCUCGAGGGGGGCUUGGAAGAGCUUGAAAACGAAAGGUCCGUGAAGCAAGAAGCAGUUCGAAAGCUGCAGCAGAGGCAGUCAAACCUUGAGGAGAUGCUUCGAGAGAAGGAAGUCGUGCUGGCGCAGGUGCAAGCUCAGGAAGUCCCCACCAUCUAUGGCGACUAUCAGUGGAAGUUUGAGAACGACCAGGGCGAGCCUGUGUGCUUCGGCCAGGAAGACAACCUCGCGGCCAUGAUGGCAUACCGGGCGGGGCAUUCGAGCGUUGUUAUCUCCUCGGGUCGGGUUCUGGAUUUUGAUCGAAGAGUGCAGCGGAGCUCUGCUGGCAGAGUCCGCAAGAUCUCGUGCUACUUUGGAAUCCCGUCGCACUGGUCAAUCUCAAACGAGGAGAUGCUCAAGCGCCAGCGCCGUUCCGCAUCUUCCCCCGGACCGGUCUCAGCCAGCUUCGAGAAAGUCGCCGUGGAGGUCAGAGACAUGGAGAAGCUGAAGCAAUUCAGCGACCUGCUAACAGCCUCAGCAUCACACCAUCACAGUAAUCCAAACCAGCCUUUCGGUUCUCGAGAUUGCAAGUCAAGCUUCCAGGUGAAGCAGGCCUUCCAAAUUCAGAACGUUUGGUUACUUCAGAAGUUCAUGGAUUACACAAGGCAGCUGCAACAGCGGCAUGCGCAGCACUGUGUCGCAGUGCAGCCUGUAGAUCCACCACUUGGUGUGGAGCUGCGCGAUUUUCAUUCAUCUAUGCGAACUCCAGGGAGUGCCAGCUACAACGAGUGCCUCUUGUUCCAUGGCACAUCCCUUGGCACCGCCAAGGACAUCGCCUGCGAAGGUUUCGACUUCAGAGUCGCGAAUGAAGGUGGCUACUAUGGCAAGGGAACGUACUUCGCCAGCCAAGCCUGCAAGAGUCAUCAGUACACGGACAGGAACAGCAUCUCCCUGAACUGUAUCAUCAUCGCGCGUGUUCUGCUUGGAGAUCCAGACUAUGCAACAAGAUGCCGCCUUCGAUUCAACCGUCCGCCAGGAGGAAAGGAUUCAGUCAUUGCUCGCCCUGGAGACAUGGGCGGGCAUCAGUCUGGUUGGCAGACGCACAUGGAGUUUGUCAUUUUUGAGAAUGCCGCAGCCUAUCCCGAAUAUGUCUUGCUCUAUGAGUGA